AUGUUACCACAUUCACAUUACAUUGUUCCUGAUAAAGCCAGGCUUCUUGAUGAAUUUAAAAAUUUAAAGGUCUCGGAUCUUCCCGUUCCUUCACUUCUUAUCGAUAAGAAGAAGUUUAUCAAUAAUUCAACUCGUAUGCUCCUGGGCGCUAAGGCGCUAGGAGUCAAUUUUAGAGUUCACAUUAAAACUCAUAAGGCGCUUGAGGGUGUGAGGAUUCAAUUGCAAGGAGAUGGCAGUUACACUUCAGACAAAAUCGUGGUAUCGACACUACCAGAAGCAUACAUGGUGUUGCCGCUUGUUGAUGAGGGCAUAGUGAAGGACAUAUUGUACGGCUUACCUGUUUCCAAGCUGAUGUUACCAGAAUUCGCAAGAUUCCAAAGCCUGGUACCUUCAUUUAAGCUUAUGGUGGAUAACAUCUCGCAAGUGAAUGCUUUGAAAGAGUACGCUGCGGAAAAUGGCUGCAAAUGGACAGUUUAUGUCAAAAUCGAUAUGGGCACUCAUAGAGCUGGCCUUGAGGAGAAUACGGAAAGACUCCACUCACUUAUCAGAGAAAUCCUGUCGACUACUACUAUCAUAUUACACGGAUUUUAUUGUCAUGCUGGACAUUCAUACGAUGCGAGAUCUGGUGACGAUGCAAAGGCCUUACUUGUUUCUGAAAUCAAGCAUGCAAAUCUUGCUGCAAAACAAGCACUUGCCGUUGACCCGAACUUACAGUUACAGUUAUCGGUGGGGGCAACUCCUACAGCGCAUAUUUCUCAGCAAGUGAAGAGUAUUCAAGAGAUCGAGGACGCCUUGGGUGAAAAGCUCGUGGGGGAUUUGGAGCUUCAUGCGGGUAAUUACUCAUGUUGUGAUCUUCAACAGGUGGCUACUGGCCUAGUCGAUUUGGAAGACGUCUCCAUUUAUGUUCUUUCUGAGGUAAUUUCUGAGUACCCCGGGCGUGGAAACAUACCGCCGGGUGAACAGCUUAUAAACGCUGGAGGUAUUGCUUUCUCCAAGGAUACGGGCCCUUUGCCAGGUUACGGGAGAAUUGUGGCCCCGGUUGAGCACAGAGAAUGGCACGUAGCUCGCGUAAGUCAAGAGCAUGGAGUUUUGCAGCCAUUGUCCCAGAGAGCACAUUUCAUCCCUUACGGUACCAAGUUAGUAAUAGUACCCCAGCAUGCAUGCAUGACGGCUUCUAAUCAUGCGUGGUACUAUGUUAUCGAGAAUGACAUUGUUACUGACGUUUGGAUUCCAGCGAAGCUUUGGUAA